AUGGCGAUGGACGAUACACCAAAAACAUUGUUUAUUACCCCAUGGGGGACAUUUUGCUACCAAGCGAUGCCCUUCGGACUAAAAAAUGCUGGGGCUACUUAUCAACGUGCUGCAACAACCAUCCUACAUGACCUCAUUCAUGACACUGUUGAAGUGUAUGUGGAUGAUAUGAUUGUUAAAAGCCAUGACCGUAUGGAACACAUAUCGACAUUGAAGUCUUUCUUCGAUAGAAUUCGAAAAAUACAACUUAAGAUUAAACCCCCAGAAAUGUGUGUUUGGGGUGACUUCCGGAAAACUUCUAGGAUUUAUUUUUUGAUGCCACCCAAGCCUGGGGAAGCUUUGCUCUUGUACCUUACAGUGACAGAAACUGCCAUGGGUGGAUUGUUGGCGCAAUAUCAAGAAGGUACCAAGAAAGAAAUUGCUAUUUAUUAUCUAAGAAAAAAGUUCUUAGAAUAUGAGACUAGAUAUACUCCCUUAGAAAGGGCAUACAUCGCUCUAAUCUACGCGACAAAAAAGCUCCGACAUUAUCUACAAGCUCAUACAACAUUCCUUAUCUCAAGAUUAGACCCUAUCAAAUAUAUCUUUGAGAAACCUAUUCUGAGUGAAAUAUUUGCGACAGAAUUCGAUAUUCAAUGUGUUAAUAAAAAAUCUGUUAAAGGGAGAGCCAUAUCUGAAGCGUUAGCUGAUGGGCCUAUAUCAGGAGAUGAAUUCGAUAACGACUUUCUGGAUGAACAUUUAUUCAAUAUCAAUACAUCACAAUGGAAGAUGUACUUUGAUGGAGCAUCUAAUAGAAGGGGGAAUGGUGCAGGUGUGUUACUUAUUGAUCCACAUGAAGUUCAUAUUCCCUUUUCAAUAAAACUUAUUUUUCCAACAACCAAUAACACCGCUGAAUAUGAAGCUUGCAUCUACGGUGUAAAGGCAGCCUUAGCAGCAGGGGCAAGAAAUCUUAUAGUGUAUGGUGAUUCAAACCUCAUUAUAUUUCAGACAAUUGGAGUGUGGAGGGUUCGAGAUGAAAGGUUGCAAAUGUAUACUGACCAUCUCCAACAACUUAACCCCUGCUUUGAGGAAAUCGAUUUCAAACAUCUCCCCCGAGAACAAAAUAGUUUCACUGAUGCGCUAGCAAAUUUGGCAGUAAAUUUAACCUGGGAAGAUAACGUUAAAGUUCGGUCUGUAGCUAUAGAAGAAAAAAGUUCCCCAGUGAUCAUGGAUGAAGAAAUGAUCGCAUCAUUAACUAUACAAGACGAAGAGGACGCUUGGUAUAGCGACAUAAAAAAUUUCUUGGCCACUUGA